CUAGAAGUACCAUAGACUAUCCAAAUCUUCAAAUUGGAGCAGAACUACCUUUUGCCCUUGGUCGUUACAAUUUAUGCUCAGUAAGCUUCUACUUGAACCAUGAAGACGAACCAUGUCGGAGGACGCGCGCGCGUGGUAUUACUCCGCGUUUCGUGGCGACGUGCUGGAGCACAGCCCGAAGAAGCUGCGGCGAAUCCACUUCAACACCGACGAAGUCGAGUUUAUCGAACCGGAGGUCUUUCUUGCAGGAGGGAGCACAGCAGCGAGCUCCAGCUACGGCGAGGAUUUUUUCCAAGAAUUCAUCGCUCCAUUUAUAGAAAAAACGAGCGGAAGCACCACGACAAGACAAGAAGUAGCUGGUGGAGAGAGAGCGCAAAGAUCACGCACAUCUACUUCGUCGCCGCGGAAAGAAAAAGAAGAAGAUGCUUCGAACCAGGAAGUCGACACGACGGCAAAUAGCGCUGUACUCUCAGCCGCCGCAAGCUCCUCGACGACCGCGCCAAGAAGCAGGCCAAGCAUGGAUGUUUCGUGGCUCUCGGAAUUUUAUCCGUUUCGUCGUCUCAAGGAAGUCGUAAAAGCCGACGGUGUUCGUGUUCUAGAGCAAAGGAGUACUCGCGACUUCCUACUCCGCACAGCCAUUUUCUGUCGCCUGGCGCUACCGGGGAGCAGCGGCACUAAGCACGUCUGGCGCUUGACCAGAGAAGACUUAAAGUCGUGGAGGAAUAUUUUGCGCAACUUUCUUGGCAUAAAGAUUAAGAUACCAGACCGACGGAUGAAACGACCUACUAGCGCAUUGGGUGGAGGACCCAGCACUACCUCGAGACGAACAGACCAAGUGGUAGUCAACGAGUCGCAGGAUGUCGAAGGAAUAUUGUUGAUGAAAUCCAUGGCAGAGAAAUUUGAGCGAGUCGACGUAGAACAAAACGCAGAAACCGACGAGAAAGAUGAAGCGAAGGACCAUCAAGCAUGUCCUGCAGCCACAGUAGAAGUUUGUCCGCCGGCGUCGGAAAAAAUCUCGCCAGCAAACAGAAACACGUCGAACACCUUCGUCACAGAUGCCGCUUUAUUACGUCGUGCGGCACCCACGCAGAAUUUGGAGCGCCAGUUGAUGACAUUUCUGCUGCAGCUGAUUUUUUCUAGCCGCUAUAACUUUACCCCCGGCCUGUUCGCCGCGAUGCUCAGUUUGCCUCCAAGAAACGAAGGUCGUGCUUCUAGAAUCCUCCAAGGCACGGCAACUGCCUUAUCAGGGGAACAAGUACUGGCACAAUACGGGCCGCCGACUUCUUAUCCCAGCUGCGUUUCAUGGGAUUGCAGAGUGUGCGACUUCACCAACGACGCGCACAGCAACGUGGGUCUAAUCAUUAAACGAAAAAAUGCACCAGACGAAGAAGUCGAGAAUUAUCCGGACGGCGAACACGAAGAAGAAAUCGACGCCGCGCCGGCUUUCUGUGUUGGUUGUGGCUCCUACUGGAACGAUGCUGAGGUUUGGCUCUGCGAUUGUUGCGACACGGUCUGCGCAUUCCACGGCCAAGUCCUAGAAAAUGUCCACGCAGUUGCAGUGGAGGACAACAUGUUCGAGGGGGGAAGCACUUCUACCAACAUGGAAGGGAUCAAUAUAUUUGCAACAGGAACUACAAUUGGAAUUGCAGCAUAUGGAGCUGCCACGGGAGGGUCGACUGUUACAACCGAGCUGCAAGAAAACGAUAAGCAUAAGACGAAUGGCGACACUCGAGACUCUACUCAGUCCGAAUCUGCACCCGAUGAGGCAGCGUUACUGCGGUAUCUGAUUUGGGUGGUAAAGCAGCAGGACGAUGUAGACUCGGUGGAGAGGACACCACUGUUUCCUCGGCCCGUAAAUUUAGAACGGUUUUCCGCACUGUUGCCAGCCGUUGGCUACCCCGAAUGUCCGACCUGUGGCAUGCUUCGGCCCACGAUCCAAUCAAUUCCCGGUUUCUGCAGGUAGCUACGAGGGCAAAGUAAAAGACAGCUAAAGAAAAUUUCAUACAUGAUUCAGAGGGUCAAGCAGGAUUCAACGGGUACAGAUGGAUGUACAGCGAACAUAUCGGCAUAAAGCGAGAAAGUAAAUUCCUCCCUAGCCAGUUUUCUGAAGAGCCAACAUGUCUGUUCAUC